CACUACARCUACUCGCUUGCUACGACGGAAAGGACUUUUUAAUAUCUCAUUUAAUAUCUCCUGAACAUCAAAUUCAAGUACAAAAAAUGGCUGGUCUAGUAAAGCAAAAGAAGUAUGAUUGGAAAGAUUCGAAUUUAGCUUUUUUUGGCUCUGAUUUGGAAAGAAACAUCAAGAAGGAAUCUGCUGGGACCGAGCCGGCCUGGGAAGGAGCAGGACAGAAACCUGGCCUUCAAAUAUGGAGAAUUGUGAAUUUCAAGGUGGAGCAUUGGCCCAAAGARCAAUAUGGGAAAUUCUUCAACGGAGAUUCGUACAUCAUUCUAAAUACCUACAAAGAUCCAAACGGCGAUGAAUUGCUCUACGACGUUCAUUUCUGGAUCGGCGCUCAGUCGACGCAAGACGAGUACGGAACGGCUGCGUACAAAACUGUCGAGCUAGACACUCUCUUGGAUGACAAACCUGUCCAACACAGACAAGUUCAGGGAUUUGAAACUGAUCUAUUCAAGAGUUACUUUAAGAGGAUUCAGAUUCUUCACGGGGGAGCUGAGAGUGGUUUCAAAGCAGUUGGACCAGAAAAAUAUAACACGCGACUACUUGAGGUCAAAAUUGAGACCAUCAAUGGCAAGAAAAAGGAGAUGGUCUGUGAGAAACCAAUGAAGAAGUCGAGUAUGAACAACGGUGAUGUGUACAUUAUCGACAAAGGUCUUCACAUCAUCAUGUGGUGUGGUCAAGAUGCGUCUCCAUUCGAAAGGAACAAAGGAAAAGAAGUAGCCAUGGCACUUGAUGAAGAAAGAAAUGGCAAAGCCAAAGUAGAAGUUCUUGAUGACCAAGAU